CAAAACAGACAAACAAACAGAUCUCAACGGUUCGCGGAUCGCAGUUCCGAGGUCUCACGUCAUUCCACAUUCGACGACCAAAAAGUCUCAACAGCUUUAGAGACCCAACCUGUCUCCCUCCCUAUCUCCCAGUCCGCAAAUCCGAUCCGAACCUUCCCCCGCGAUUACCCGGCCCGAAGUGUCCGUCCUCCAACACCAUCAUGGCCUCCUUCAUAGAGGAUCUGUGGAUGAGCGUCUUUACGCCGGGUCCCACCCCGACCUUGCUCGUCGCCACAAACGUCACCUUUGCCGCCCUCCAGACCCUCCUCAUGGCCCUGCUCUGGUUCACAUAUAGCAUCCAUUUCUUCGUGCUGUCGCUCUUGUCCGCGUCGCUAUGGUUUUCGAUCAACUGGUUCGCCAAGGAACUGAGCCAGGUGCAGGCUGAGCAGGAAGCGGCCACGAAAGACGGUCAAGACGGCAAGACAGGAGAGGAGAAGGGUUCAUCGGACGGUAAAAGGAGACUUCCGGGGGCGCUGGACACCCCGGGGAGUGAUACGGAAACGGAAAGUUUGACAGAACGCAAGGGUCCUGCCGCGUCGGGUUCCGAUCUUCGGCCCACCGCGGCGGCUCCGACGUCGCUGGAGCUGCCGGGCAAGCAUAACGAGGUUCGAAAGCGUCCUAGUAUGGGUGGAGAGAGCUCGGGGUAUGUCAGUACCGAUAGUGAAUGGGAGAAGGUGGAGGAUAGUAAUGGGAAUUGAGCAGGGGCCUGAGGUGUGUGUGGAGAGACAUCUGUUGAACUUGGUGUCGCAUGAUCAUCCGUGCUCAAGUAACUUCUCCAACGGUAGAUGUCGGUUUGUCUGUUCAGGGGGGCAGUCUCUAUAUUGAAUGAUACCCUAGAGAUGUAUUUUGCUCUUCGAUGUUAUGCUAGAACAGUGCUUUCUGUUCUGGUUGGAGUGGUUAGUCCAGCGCUGCAUUUAGCUAUCUCCUAUUCACGGGAUGAUGUUUUGAAAUGAAAUCGAUAACGAGAUCAAA